UGGCAAUAUUUUCAUAAAUAUAUUUUUAAACGUCAAUAAACAUUUCUUGAGGAAAAAAAGUUUUUUACUUGUCCAAAAUGUUGCAUAAAAUAUUUAAAGUCUUUUUAAUAAUUUUUACAAUACACACAAAUAUACAUAUCUAUAUUCCUUACAUAUUAAGAGCCACUAAUAUGACUUUCAAAAUUUACUAAAUUUUACAAUAUGUAUAAAUACACAUAUAAAUCUACAAUUUCUUACACUCUAAAAACUCUACUACAAUUUAAAUAUAACUGCUUUCUAUGCAUGCAAUGGUGAUUUUGACUACACAGAAUUUUACCCAAAAACUAUUUCUCGACCGAACGCCUAUAUACGCACUGCACUGUUCAAUUUGUUACAAAAGUUGUAAUUAUGACAUCUUUUAAAUCUUCUAUCUUUAAAAUUAUUUGCUUGGCCCUGUUUAUAGCAGCAGUAGGCAAAAUUGAACGAGGCAUGUCAAAAAAAUAUAAGCACUUUCUCAACCUUAAUAUGAAACAAAAGAGAAGACGAUUAGACGCAAGAAAAAAUUAUCCAAACGUCUGUCAGUUCGCAAAUAACGAAUCGGGCAAUAUGUCGUCUGACAAUGAAUCGGUGCAAAUUUCGGCAUCGCAUCGUGCUCCAUCUACAUCUACAGGUGACGCUCUCCGUAAUGACGAAUCGACUACUGACAUUCAUACUUUUGAUACUUCUGAUGGAAAUGAAGAUAUUAAUGAUAGUGAAGGCACAACAGAAGAAGAAAUGCAGGAGCAAGAAAUAAACACUGACGAAACUAAUGAAGAAGACGAAGAAAGCGAGGACAAUGCAGAUGACGAAGGAAGCGAGGACAAUGCAGAUGUUCAUAGUAAUGAAAAUAUGUCAAACUCUUCCGAAAAUAAUAAUAUGCAUCAAAAUCUGAAUGACCUGAAGUUAAAAGCACUGAGACAAUCAUUUUUAUUGACUAAUUUAAACCAUAAGCAAGGCAACAUACUGCUGAACACAUUGCAUGCACCAGCGAGAGCUUUUGCAUUAAAUCACUAUGGGCAUAUAUCAUCUAACGCAUGUUCGAAAUGCAAAAUUGAAGGACGUCGUUCUGCAGUGACGUCAUUAUUUCGGGAAACGACGAUUUUUCCCGGGACUUGUCACCCGCUAAGAACGGAUGAAGAAUAUAGCGAAAUGGUGGAUGAAGAUCAUCACAAAGGGCCAAGUCCCUUAAAUCAAGUAUUAGGACUAGUAACGAAAUUUAUACGAAAACCGCACUUGCCUCUACAACAGUUUUACAGAAGAAUUUAUGAAUUAAAUGGUCUUGUUUUAAUUCCCGUCGACAAGGGAAUCCACAUUCGUUUUUCAAAAAUCCACACGGAUGGACCUCUCAUUGAGCCUGCCUAUCAUUACCGCCAAUAUCGAAAAAUGCAAAUUCAUCCAUACAAUGUUGGUAUAACAUCUGAUGUGAUAGGAGUAUAUCACUGUUCAAACUUGUCAACUGCAUUUGAAACAAUCAAUUUAAGAGAUGUUAAAGGCAAGAUGUACAGGAUGCCGAAGUGGAGCGGUAGAGAAGGUCAAGAAGAGCGCAUUAUUAGAAAUGAAUGGAUCUGUGUGUCGCUCAUUACACCCUUGAUACAACCUGACUAUUAA